AUGGGACAGCAGUUCACCAAUGCCGAAGGGGAGCAAGCAGAGAUUGAUGUUGCUGAAUUGCAGGAAUGGUACAAGAAAUUUGUGGUUGAAUGUCCCAGUGGGACGCUCUUCAUGCAUGAAUUCAAGCGGUUCUUUGGGGUCCAGGAUAACCGUGAAGCAGCAGAGUACAUUGAAAACAUGUUCAGAGCUUUUGAUAAGAAUGGGGACAAUACCAUUGAUUUUCUGGAAUAUGUAGCUGCCUUGAAUCUUGUUUUACGAGGAAAACUGGAACACAAACUGAGGUGGACAUUCAAAGUAUAUGACAAGGAUGGGAAUGGCUGCAUAGAUAAACCUGAGCUGCUGGAAAUUGUUGAGUCUAUCUAUAAGCUGAAGAAAGUGUGUCGGUCGGAGGUGGAGGAGAGGACUCCAUUGCUCACGCCGGAGGAGGUUGUAGACAGGAUAUUUCAGUUAGUGGAUGAAAAUGGGGAUGGGCAGUUGUCUCUUGAUGAGUUCAUUGAUGGGGCCAGGAAAGACAAGUGGGUGAUGAAGAUGUUGCAAAUGGAUGUAAACCCUGGGGGAUGGAUCUCUGAGCAGAGGAGAAAGAGUGCUUUGUUUUGA